UUACGCCGACGUUGUUGGGGGCGUAGAGGGAGGGGCGACUUUAAUGGCGCAUCGCAGUCCGACCGAUCCAGCUCUCCACAAAUAAACAACAGCAGUUCUUCACUAUCUGGCCUAAUAUCUACUUUUUCCAGUUCCACCGCGCUGCAGGCGCGCUUUGCACUUUUGCUCAUUGAGCAGAUCGGCUGGGCUUUUUUUUAGCGGCUGCUUGGAGCACAAGAGGCCCAGAGGAAAGACGGAGGAUCGAUAAUAUGUAACAAACGUCAACAUGACGUCCAGAUUUAGUAAAACAUAUACCCGGAAGGGAGGAGAGGCCAGCUCGAAGUUUGAUGAGGUGUUUUCUAACAGGAAGGCUACGCUUAGCACCAAAUGGGGAGAGACCACCUAUAAGGCACAGUUGGGGGUCAAACGGCCCUCGUUCAAGCCAGAGGUUUCUGAGCUGACUAAACGACCCCGCUUUGACGAUGAUGACAGCUCAGAGGACCCAUUUGGCUUUGACAGCGAUGAUGAGUCCAAAACAGUCACUUUCAGAGGUACUCCUCAAUCUGAGACAGGCUCAGAUGCAGCGGAAUCUGGGAAUGAGCUGUUAAAGACUCAGACAGAAAACCCCAGUGGGGGCACAGCGGAGACCGGAAUGGGUACUUCCUCGUUGGGGAGCACCUUGAACAUCAGCAGCGGGGUGGUUGGUAUGAAUAGCCCAGCUCAAACAUAUCCAGCCUCACCACAUGUUGCUGGCACUGUAGGAGCCUGGAGCAGAUCCAACGUCACAGCAAGCAAACCAGUCUCCCAGAUCUCCAGCUUGAAAAUCCACAGUAGAAACAUUUCCGAUGCCUGGGACUCUUUCGAGGAGGACUCUCCUCCUGGGGCUGGCGAGGGGAGUUCUACCCAAGCUGGGAACUCUUCUGAUGGGUUUAAGAGCUCAGAGCAGUGCACCGCUGAACCUGAACCUCCAGUGGAACCUGUUGACUUUGAACAGCUUCCGCUUCUUAAACCAUCCAGCGACAGAGUCUACCGACGACCACGGAAUAAAGGGACGGAUAGUUCUGGAGCCGGUGAUGCGCCGGUUCCUGCUGUGAGUUCAACACCAGCCGCUGCACCGGUGAAGACCACCAGUGCAGGGGUUGCUGGGAGUUCUGAGGUCAAGCCUGCCGGUCGGGGCCGGGUGAGGGACUACACGGUUCUUCACCCGUCCUGUGUGUCUGUGUGUAAUGUGACCAUACAGGACUCUAUUGAAAGGAGUGUGGAUGAUUUUGUCGCCCCAGUGCAAGCUGACAUGGGAGAGGCGGGAACCUUCAGGAGGAAAACAGACACACAACCUGCCAAGCCUAGCAGGUUCAGACCCACUCAGAGUAAAAGUAAAAAGGAGACAAAACUGGAGUUUUUUGGCUUUGAGGCUCAGGGCACAGAUGGAGACGCCACUGCAUCCGGCAGCACCAGCUACAAGAUCAAAUACUUUGGUUUUGACGAGCUGAGUGAGAGUGACAGCGAGGAUGAGGACGACUCAGCAGCUAAAGAGAGGAAGAAGAAUAAGAAAGCAGCGGCGGAAGCUUUGGCAACCGGCGCGGGCAGUCUUCAGAUCAACGACUCGCAGGAGAGUCAACAGAGUCAAAGCAGCCUAAGUACAGAUUCUCAGGAGUCGCUGGAUGAGACGGGAUCUUCAGGCUCACAGAAGGAACGGCAUGGAAAGCAAACCGACAAGUCAAAGGAGAUCGGACGCAAGAUCUUCAGCGGGCCAAAAAAAUCUCCUGCUAAAGCCGUAUAUAAUGCUCGUCACUGGAAUCAACCUGAGCCGGAGGAAGUGCCUGCUCCUGCUUCCUCUCAUACUGUGGCUGUACCUAAGGCCAGUGUGUCCAGCAGCAGCAGCAGCAGCAGCAAAGACACAAAUUCUCAUAAAGAUGAUGGAGUGUUUAAAGCUCCGCCCCCUCCUCCUAAAGUCAUUAAAUCUGUCACUAUUCCCACUGAGCCAUACCAAGACAUUGUCACUGCACUAAAAUGCAGGAAGGAGCACAAAGAGUUGUACACGGUGGUCCAACAUGUGAAGCACUUUAAUGAUGUGGUGGAGUUUGGAGAGAAUCAGGAGUUCACAGAUGACUUUGAGUAUCUGGAGACAGGCCUGAAGAGCACACAACCCCUCAACACACGCUGCCUUAGCAUAAUCAGUCUGGCCACGCGCUGUGCCAUGCCAAGUUUCCGCAUGCACCUGAGAGCCAGAGGGAAGGUGGCCCAGGUCUUUAAGAUGCUCAGUGAUGCUCAACAGCACCCGAAUCUUGCUCUCUGCACAGCGUCUCUGAUGUACAUACUGAGCCGAGACCGGCUGAAUAUGGAUCUGGAUCGUUCCUGUCUGGAGCUGAUGAUCAGGCUGCUGGAACUAGAGCAGGACGACUCUGUAGCGGACCAGUUAACAGCUAAAGAGAUGAGCCGAGUUAAAGAGAAGAUCCGCAAACUCUGCGAAACAGUCCACAACAAGCAUCUGGACCUGGAGAACAUCACAACAGGUCACUUAGCGAUGGAAACGCUACUGUCUCUGACGUCGAAGCGAGCCGGAGACUGGUUUAAGGAGGAGCUGCGCUUACUUGGGGGACUGGACCACAUCGUAGAUAAAGUGAAAGAGUGUGUGGAGAACUUGAGUAAAGAAGAAGAUAAAGAGAGUCUGGUGGCAUCACUCUGGGGAGCAGAGCGCUGCUUACGAGUUCUGGAGAGUGUUACUGUCCACAACCCUGAAAAUCAGGCGUAUCUGAUUGCCUACAAGGAGUCCCAGCUCAUAGUGUCCUCAGCAAGGGCACUGCAUCAUUGUGAGCAGAUGAUACAGCGUUACAGCCGAGAGGUCUCUUCAUCAAGCUCCGCCCUCCCGCAGAGUAGUCAUAGCAACGUGGGCAAGGCUGUGGAGGAUUGUAUGAGAGCCGUUAUCGGAGUUCUGCUCAACCUCACACAUGAUAAUGAGUGGGGCAGCACUAAAACAGGUGAGCAGGAUGGCCUUAUACUGACGGCUCUAGACUGCGUUCUUAAGGUCCCACGUUAUUUGCCUCAGGAGCAGAGAUUCGACAUCCGUGUCCUGGGUCUGGGUCUGCUGAUAAAUCUGGUGGAGUACAGUGCCAGAAACAGACACUAUCUGGUGGAAAUGGAGCUGGACUUGAGCUACAUGAUGGAGACGGAGAUACACGUGAAGACGGAGAACGACAUGAAGACAGAAGGAGUGGAGGACAGUAAGACAGAGGAUGCUAAAACAGAGGGCGAGAAGGGACCAACGACACUAAAGUCAUCAAAUGCCCUGGCUGCUCUGGUUCAGCUCUUCCUUGAAAGGGAGCAAGCAGCUGUGGUAGCUGAGGCGCAGACUGAUGAUCUCAUAAGUGAGGCGCCCAAAUCUCAGGCAGACCAGAGCGGAGAGUGGAAGGAAACAUCCGGAGAGAUCCAGUGGGUCGCCUCAGAAAACAACGACGAUGACACAAAUGACAAGAAAGAGGAGGAGGAAGAGGAGCUUGACCUCAAUAAAGCCCUGCAGCAUGCUGGGAAACACAUGGAGGACAGCAUUGUGGCGUCAUACUCAGCUCUUCUACUUGGGUGCCUAUGUCAGGAGAGUCCGAUGAAUGUAAAAACCGUACGGGAAAAUCUUCCUAAGGGAGAUUUCUCUAUCAUGACUGAAAUGCUGAGGAAAUUCCUUAAUUUCAUGAACCUGACGUGUUCUGUUGGAACCACAGGACAGAAAUCUAUCUCACGGGUGAUUGAUUAUUUGGAGCACUGUUAGCAGAGGUGUCGCAGUUCCCCCUCUUCCGUGGGAUAAUCUGGACCUGGCAACGUGCCUUAGGCCCUUCAGGACAAGAGACAGCAGUUCCGGUGGUAAAGAUGGUUAAGCGUCACUACGGUCACGUCGCCUGAGUGACUCACUGCAGAGACUUUUGUGGGUUUUUUUCUUCUUUCUUUUUACUUUUUUUUUUUUUUACAUUGUCUUUUUCAAAUGCUGUCUUUCUCUCUCAUGCUCUCUCUCUCUCACACACACUCACUCAGCUGUGUGUUUGCAUAAUAUUUGGUCUUUGAAGCACUGAUCCCCAUGUAAAACAAAAACUAAGCUGUGUUUUGAAACGAAUGAUUAUAAGCUAGUUGUCCUUGUUUGUAGUGUAAAGAUUUACACUAAACCUAGUAACUUAUUGAUAUUUCAAACACUGAGAUCUGAGGCUUUGUUCAGUUUUAGGAUUGAGUGUUUGCACGAUGUUUGUUCAGACAGUGCGGUCAGUAUCCGCUGUAUUUACAUCAGUAAUGAUGUAAGCAUCAGCACAAUCCCAAAAGACUUUCUCAUGUAAUAACUGAUAGCUGUAGAAACUGGAAACUUUGCCUCUACUCAUGACAUCUCACAUAGUCUAUAGUAGAGGCAUUUUAAGCAUUCACGAAUAUACUGCGCCCAAAACUGGUCUGUUAAGCUCACCAAGGCUGCAUUUAUUUGAUCAAAAAUACAGUAAAACAGUACUAAUGUGAAAAAUAUCAUAUAUGUUUUGUGACGUGAUCCUUCCGAAAUCAUUCUAAUAUGCUGAUUUGGUGCUCAAGAAACAUUUCUUAUUAUUAUCAAUGUUGAAAACCGUUGUGCUGCUUAAUAUUGUUGUGGAAACUGUUAUGCUUUAUUUUUUUUCUGGAUUCUUUGAUCAGCAUUGAAGAACAUUUAUUCAAAAUAGAAAUCUGUUUAAAAUUGUAAAUGUCUUUACUGACAUUUUUGAUCAAUUUAAUGCAUCCUUGAGGAAUGAAAGUUUUAAUUUGUUUUGGGGGAAAAUCUUACAAACUCGGGAAGAGAAAAAAAAAAAAUCUGAAUAAAGCCCAAGAUGCCUGAUGAACCAAAGACAAACACCUUGCAAACAUGAAAACAAGCAUGCAUUAAUCAAAUCAAGUUGAAUUUUCCUGUCCUGCUUAGAAUGUUGUUUUAUGACACUGUCAUCGUUUCUUUCACAUACAGUCAUGUGAAAAAGAAAGUACACCCUUUUGAAUUCUCUGUUUUAUUGUUUCAGGACGUAAUAAAAAAUCAUCUAGUCUUUAGCAAGUCUUAAAAUUAGGUAAAUACAACCUCAGAUGAACAACAACACAUGACAUAUUACACUGUCAUUAUUUAUUUACCAAAAAUAAAGCCAAAAUGGAGAAGCCAUGUGUGACAAAGUAAUGAUUUAAUUGCUUGUAGAACCACCUUUAGCAGCAAUAACUUGAAGUAAUCAUUUUUUUUAUGACUUUAUCAGUCUCUCACAUCGUUGUGGAGGAAUUUACAACUUCUUUACAACGUUGCUUCAGUUCAUUGAGGUUUGUGGGCAUCUGUUUAUAUGCAGGUCCCGCCACAGAAUUUUAAUCGGGUUAAGGUCUGGAUUUUGAAUGGGCCAGUGCAACAACUUGAUUCUUUUCUUUUCCAGCCAUUUUAGUGUGCUUGGGAUCAUUGUCCUGUUGCAUGACCCAAUUUCGGCCAAGCUUUAGCUGUCGGACAGAUGGCCUCACAUUUGACUCUAGAAUGCUUUUGUAUGCAGAGGUGUUUAUGGUCGACUCAAUGACUGCAAGGUGCCCAGGUCAUGUGGCUGCAAAACAAGCCCAAGUCAUCACCCCUCCACCAGUGUGAUGGACAGUUGGUGUUUGUGCUGAUAUGCUGGGUUUGCUUUUCUCCAAACAUCUCCACUUUGGUCUUGUCUGUCCAAAGGACUUUGUUUCAGAAGUCUUGUGGUUUGUUCAGAUGCAACUUUGCAAACCUAAACCGUGUUGCCAUGUUCUUUUUAGAGAGAAGAGGCUUCCUCCUGCCAGUCCUUCCAAACAUGCCAUACUACAGUCUUUUUCUAAUUGUACUGUCAUGAACUUUAUCAUUUAACAUGUUAACUGAGGCCUGUAGAGUCUGAGAUGUAGCUCUUGGUUUUUUGCAGUUUCUCUGAGCAGUGCACGGUCUGACCUUGGGGUGAAUUUGCUGGAAUGUCCACUACUGGGAAGAAUGGCGUUUGGCAACUGUCUUAAAUGUUUUCCACUUGUAAAUGUUCUUCCUCGCUGUAGAAUGAUGGACGUUAAAUUGUUUGGAAAUGGCCUUGUAACUUUUCCUAGAUUGAUGGGCAGUAACAAUCGCUUCUCUAAGAUCAUUGCUGAUGUCUUUCCUCCUUGACAUUGUGUUAACACACACCUGAAGGCUCUAGAUCAGCAAACUGCCAAAACUUCUGCUUUUAUAGAGUUGGUCACACUUGCUGAUGAUUAAUUAAUCAAAGGCAUUUGAUUAGCAGCGCCUGACUGCUACUUAUCCUCUUAAUUCCUAUGGAAGCAGUAAGGGUGUACUUAGCUUGUCACACGUUUUCCCCAUUUUGGCCUAGUUUUUGUUAAAUAAAUAAUGACACCGUGUGAUAUGUCAUGUGGUGUUGUUCAUCUGGGUUGUAUUUAACUAAUUUUAAGACCUGCCAAGGACCAGAUGAUUUUUUUUUAUUAUUAUUAUGUCCUGAUAUAAACCAUAAAAUUUUAAAGGGUGUACUUUUUUUUUUUUUUUUUUUUUUUUUUUUUCCCUCUCCACAUGACUGUAUACUGAAACAAUCUAUUAUGCUAGAUUUCUUUUAAAGCUACACAGUGAUAACCGUAAGCAAGAAGUUGAUGAUUUGAUGGGGAGGAUUGCAGAGGUUUUUUUUUUUUUUUUUUUCAUGGCUUCUUUGAUCAUCCACUGACUUCUGUAUUUUUAGUUUUUCUCUGUGAAGAAUCAUCAGCUGACAUUACCCAUGAUUAAAAAAAUAUUUUUUUUUCUUCCAUUUUUAAUCUGUUUUGAUUAGUUUUGUAGUCUGUGCGGUGUGAGCCCCAUUUUAAUGUUAAAAAUGAAAACAAAAGACAGCACUUGAAAAUUGUUUUAAUAUUUUAGUGGGUUCAUGAAUGACUCAUCCUCUGUUAAUUUAAUUAUACUCUGAUUUUAAUAUAAUAGAACAAUUGAGAUUUAUUGUUUUAUAAUUAUUGUUUUUCUUUACCUUUUGAUGUUAUUCAGGAAAGUGUUUCUUUAAAUUGUUAUUUCAUCCCGUGUGUCUGCAGAAUGUCUGGAUGCUGCUGAAAGGUCUUAGACAAAAAAAAAAAAAAAAAUUCUUUUUCAGACUGAACUAAGCAAAAGUGUCCUCUAUUCCUUUCAGAUCUUUACUGAAGCAGAGCCAUAUGGAGUAAAGCUUGUUCUAUUUUGUAAAACUGAAACAAGUUUUACGAUAAGUUAAUUUCAGAUCUGAAGUUUUGUUUUUUUCUUUUAAUUGUAAAUAUUUCUGUACAUAUUUGAUGUUAGACUGCUAGAAUACUUUCAAAUCACCAAACCUGAAUUUUCUUUAUUUUAUACCCCUCCCCUCUAUUGCAUUAUUUUAGAUAAAAGGUAAAAGUACAAUUACAAGAAGUAUAUAAAUAUUAUAUAUAAAUAUAUAUAUUAAAGGAAAAAACAAUUUGUACCAUUUUCCAGGAUGUUGUCUUUGGUUACAAUGUAAAUAAUUUUACCUUGAAUAAAUACUUGCUACUUUCA